CAGAAAAGCCAGCCCCAUGGCACCAGGAAACCAAACAAAAUUCACCGAAUUUAUCCUCCUGGGAUUUUCUGAGACACCAGAGCAACAAGGGGCCAUCUUUGGGCUGUUCUUGGGCAUGUACUUGGUCACUGUAUUUGGAAACAUACUCAUAAUAUUGGCUUUUGGCUCUGAUUCUCACCUCCACACCCCCAUGUAUUUCUUCCUUUCUAACCUGUCCUUUGUAGAUCUCUGUAUGGUAUCUACCACGGUACCCAAGAUGUUAGUGGGCAUCUUGACACAAAACAAGGCCAUCUCCUAUGCUGGCUGCCUUGCCCAGAUGUACUUCUUUAUAGUUUUUGCUGGUUUGGACAAUUUCCUUCUCACUGCAAUGGCCUAUGACCGUUUUGUGGCUAUCUGUCACCCUCUGCACUAUACAUCCAUCAUGAGUCCUGAGCUGUGUUGCCUGCUGGUGCUGCUCUCCUGGAUACUAAGUCUUCUCGAUGCCCUCCUUCACAGUCUGAUGGUGACAAGGCUCUCCUUCUUCAGCCGCAUGGUACCAGGAAACCAAACACAAUUCACUGGGUUUAUUCUCCUGGGAUUUUCUGAGACACCAGAGGAGCAGGGGCCCCUCUUUGGGCUAUUCUUGGGCAUGUACUUAGUCACUGUCCUUGGAAAUCUGUUCAUCAUGUUGGCCAUUGGCUCUGACUCUCAUCUGCACACCCCCAUGUACUUCUUCCUCUCCAAUCUUUCCUUUGUGGAUCUCUGUGUGGUAUCUACCACAGUACCCAAGAUGCUGGUGAACAUCUUGACACAGAACAAGGCAAUCCCCUAUGCUGACUGUUUUGCCCAAAUGUACUUCUUUAUCAUUUUUGCUAGUUUGGACAAUUUCCUUCUCACUGUAAUGGCCUAUGACCGUUUUGUGGCUAUCUGCCAUCCUCUACACUAUGCAGCCAUCAUGAGCCCUAGGCUCUGUGUCCUGUUGGUGCUGCUCUCCUGGAUAUUAAGCCUUCUAGACUCCCUCCUUCACUGUCUAAUGGUAACACGGCUCUCCUUUUGUGCUCAUAAAAUUCAGCACUUCUUUUGUGAUCUUGAUCAAGUUAUGAAGCUCUCUUGUGCUGGCACCUUUAUCAAUUAUGUGCUAGUAUAUUUAGCAAUAGGACUUCUGGGUAUUAUCCCCCUCACUGGGAUCCUUUUCUCUUAUAGUCAGAUCUGUUCUUCCAUUUUGAAAGUCCCAUCUUCUGGGGGCAAGUAUAAAGCCUUUUCUACCUGUGGAUCUCAUCUCUCUGUUGUUUCUUUAUUCUACGGCACAGGGUUGGGAGUAUAUUUAAGCUCCUCAACUACCCACUCUUCCUGGAAGAGCACAAUUGCCUCAGUAAUGUAUGCUGUGGUGACCCCCAUGUUGAACCCCUUUAUUUAUAGUCUGAGAAACAAAGAUAUAAAGAAUGCCCUGAGAAGACUCAUUAGCAAAAUAAUCUCCUCUCGGUCAUAAAGCCUGGUCCUAGGAAGGUGGUACAGGUAAUUUUGUGAAAAUAUAGGGAAAUAGAAAUCCUGGAUUCCUCACAAAUCUCAAAUUUCCUAUCCUCUUGGCUCUUCUCUAGAUCUGUUUAUUUUAAGUGGACAUCAUCUUAUUCUUUAUGGUCUCUGUUCCUGGAUUUUCCAUAACACUGACAUUGGUAUAACACCUCCUACUCCCUCAGAACAUCUUCCAGCUCACAAAUUUGCUGGAAACAGAAUAACAAGUCCAGGGUUUUAGUCCUCUCUCUACCACUUAUAAGCUCUAUGCCCUUGGCCAAGUUACUUCAUGUUUUUGUGCCUCCAGUUCUUUAUUUCCAAAAUGGGAAUUGGAAAAUCUACUCUGACCACAUUCUAUGUUUAUUUUUCUUCACAUAAAACAAUAUAAUGGACAUUAAAAUGAUCUGUAAACUUCCAGGUAUUCUAUGACAUCAGGAAAGAAAGAAGAAAUUAGAGAAAAGUGACUGAUUUCAUCAUUGUGAGCCAUGGCUUCACAAAUUGUGGUUCCAAUCUUUUUUGCCUUAAUAUAUGGCCAUCAUCAGUUGCAACAGUCAAAAACAUCACCUGAUGGCCAACCAUCUCAUGAUAAAAACUCUUUGUACUUUGCCUGGGCCCAUAGGUAAAGUUUGUUCUUUGAAUGAGCAUGGGAAAUCUGGAACUCUAAUGAAAUAGUCUUGGAGAAAUUAGAGUAAACUCCAUUUGACAAUGAGGCAUCAAAUGUAUAUAUCUCUGGAACAUACAAGUGCUUUUAUAGUGACCAUCAUCAUCAUCAUCCUCAUACAUAGUUCUGACCAUGCCACUCCAUUUGCUCUUGAGUUUCUUUUUUUAACUAGGAUAAAAAUCCAUCUCUUAUGACUUAAUGUCCUAAAUGAUGUAGAUCCAACAUAUGCUUCUGGUCUGAUUUAACAUUAAUCUCCCAAUAUGCUCUACAUUCCAAUCAAACAUAUUUGUUGUUUCUUCUAAACCCAUUCCAAAGGGAGGUGAAUUCUUCUUACAACUGAUUCUGAGAAUCUCUUCAUGCCUUAGCUCAAGUGCAAACUACUACAAGAGUCUUUUCUGAUUUCUCCUGCUGUGUUUUCCCCACCAAAAUAACUGCAUCUAUAUUAUAUUUGCUUAUCUGUAUACAUCUUAAAUGCCCCCUCUUAGUGGAAUGUGAAAUCCUUGGAAGGUAGAGUAUGUUUGGUUUGGUUUGGUUUUGGAUCUCAAGUACCUAGUCCAAUGGCUCAUAUAUGUUAUUUUUCAGUUUUUUCAGUCAUGUCUGGAUCUUUGGAACCCCAUUAGGGAUUUUCAUGGCAAAGAUACUAGAGUGGUUUGUCUUUUCUUUCUCCAUCUCAUUUUACAGUUGAGGAAACUCAAGUUAACUGAGGGUUAAGUUGCUUGCCACAGGUCACACAGCUAGUGUCUACAGCCAAAUUUGAAUUCAGAUUUUUCUGACUCCAGACACAGUGCUCUCUAUCCAUUCUGCCACUGACUGCCCAUCCAUGAGAGGCAUUGAUUCAUUGUUAGCCUUCUCUUUUCUAUGAAUCCCUGAAUCAUAGAAGUAUAGAGUUAGAAGUCCUCUACUUCUACGUACCCUUACUCAUCUUGAUCUUGGAAAUUGACAUUUUGUGCCCAAAUGGAAGACUUUAUCCAGGUUGAAUUUCAUUUAAGCAUCUAAUUUCAUCUUAGUUGUCAAUUGUAAAAUCAUAAUUUUUUCCUUCCUUUCACAACUUUGUAUUCUACAAAGUUGAUGACCUCUAUCCAAAUCACUGUUAAAAAACAUUGAAUGGCUCAAGCACAUCAUAGAUCCUUGGGACAGUCUUCUGAAGACUCUCUGUUGACCACUGCACUAUUAAAGUGUACUCAGAGUCUGACCAUUCAUAUUGUUCUUAAUUCGUGUAAUUGUGUAUCAUCUAUGAUAUUGUAUUAUCUUGUCUUAAAGAAAAAAAAUAGUAUGAGAUACUAUUCCUAGACUCUAUGUAAACUGUAUUCAUCCCAAAACUUUGUUUUGCUUUUUAUGUGUAGAAUAACCCUACUGGGAGAAUAACAAGAUGGCUCUUGACCUUGGCUCCUAUGGAAGCAGGAGUAAAGAUUGUUGAAACAAUUCCUUUCCUUUCUCCCUAUGGACUUCAAAAAUUGGGUGUUGAAAAGCACUUUCAUGAAGGUCAUCCAGGUGUAUCUAGGAACACCUGUCUGGAGAAUGGGACUGGGAGCAAAUCUGUAGACUUCAGGCCUGAUUGAGGCAGUCAUUUUGUCAGCUGUGGGGGGAUGUCUGUGGUUCUGAUUUCGGAUAUCAUUCAGGAAAUGGGCUCUAACCUACUGUGGGAGUGCAUAAUCCUUUGAGUCACAUAAAGUCAGAGAGGAAAUAAGAAUCAUCAUAGGAUAGGAUUUUGAUUAUGUUCUGAGAUACCAUGCAUUAAGUUGUAUAUCUUGGAGCCUAGAUCAGUGGUUCUUAAACUUUUUGGUCUCAGAACCUAUUUGAAUACUUCAAAAUUAUUAAGGAUGUUAAAGAGCUUUGUUUGGCAUUUGUGGGUUAUGCCCAUCAAUUUUCAUCAAAGUAGAAAUUAAAAUGUCAGUAUUAUUAUGAAAAGGUUUUGCCACAUUUGUUUAGUCAUUUUUUUUUCAAUCAUAUCCAACUCACUGUGACCCCUUUUAGGGUUUUCUUGGCAAAGAUUCUGGAAUGAUUUGUCAUUUCCUUCUCCAACUGAUUUUACAAUAAGGAAAUUGAGGCAAACAGGGUAUAAGUGGUUUGCCCAGGGUCAUAUAGCUAGUCUGAAGCAGGAUUUAAACUCAUGUCUUCCUGACUCCAAGCCUGGCACUUUAUUCUCUGUGCCACCUAGCUGCUCUUUUACCUCAUAGAACCCCCCAAAAGAAUCUCACAAUUUGAGAACCAUUGGUCAAAACCAAACAAGAUAGGCUGGAAGGAUCAAUAUUUUCACAUGUGAAAGCAGGCAAGGGAGCCAGAAUACCUCAAGCACAAACUACCAUUUAGUGAGUAGUUAUCCCAGCCCUACCCACUGGCCCACCCACUCAUAGGAUCCAUGUAAGGAAAUAACAAAUGGGAUUUGGACUCGGUGUCCUCUAAUAUCCCUUCCAGUUCUAAAUCUGUAGUCCUGUGAGGCAUCCUAUUUCCCCUGAAACUGUAACCCCAAGAUACCUUCUUCUCCCAAACACCCCUUUAUUUAUUCAUUUUCAGUCAUGUCUGAUUCUUUGUGUUCUCUUUGGGGAUUUUCUUGGUGAAGAUGAUGAAGUGGUUUGCCAUUUCCUUCUCCAGUUCACUUUACAGAUAAGGAAACUGAGGCAGAUGGGAUUAAGUGACUUGCCCAGGAUCACAUGGCUAAGAAGUGUCUAAGGCCAAAUUUAAACUCAGAUCUGCUUGAUUCCAAGCCUGGCACUCUAUGCACAAGGUCAUUUAGCUGCCCCCAAAGACCCCUUUAUCUUACUGCAAAUUAUGAGAAAUUUUGGAGGAACAGGAGGCAGGGGAAUGACCUAAGAAGUUAGGAGAUAGAAGAGAGAAUUCUUAUUCCAGUACAGGUUGGGCUAGAUGGCUUUAAUUCUGAAAUACUGUAAAAGCUAUAGGGGAGUCUUUGGGGUGUGGGUAAGGUAGCAUAGGGAAAGGACACAGGAUUCAACCUAUGACCCAGGGAGUGUGCCCUGUAGGACACCUCCACCUUACAUAUGAAGGCUAUGGGGAAUGAAGAAAAGAACACAUAGGGAGGUGGAGGGGGGGAUUCUAAGGGGACUAAAACUAGGGGGAGGGGAAUCAGUACCAGCAGGAGGCCUGGGUCCUCAAGCAGAGAAAUAAAGAUCAUUCCUCUUGCAUCUCUCUCCCCUUACUUCUCCCUUCUCAAGGAAUCCUAGAUCAGGGACUAUUGCUACAUAGCCUCCCCAUCUCUUUCUUCCCCUUCCCUCCCAGGAGAUACACUAUCACCUUCUCUUCCUCCUUCCUCCCUGAGGACACUGGCACAAGGGCUCCUCCUCCCCUACCUUCUCCAGCAUCAUAGGGAAAGAGGCGUUUCCCAUUCCCUCUCUUCCCCCAG